GUAUGCAGACCCCGCCCCCCGAGAUAAAAAAUCCCAUGACGUCACUGAAGCUCAUUACGGAAGUGAACCAGGCGACGAAACACAACAGACAGAAACUCUGAUAAGUUGGGGUGUACGCUUGACUACAACUGACAGAUAGACCAUCAUCAUGCUGGGCGGAGGAUUCAAAGCAGAGAGGCUAAGAGUUAACCUCCGACUGGUCAUCAAUCGACUCAAACUCCUUGAGAAAAAGAAAACUGAGCUUGCUCAAAAGGCAAGGAAGGAAAUCGCAGAUUACCUAUCAUCGGGAAAAGAUGAGCGGGCACGGAUCCGCGUGGAGCACAUCAUCAGAGAAGACUACCUGGUGGAAGCCAUGGAGAUCCUGGAGCUUUACUGUGACCUGCUGCUGGCUCGCUUUGGCCUCAUUCAGUCCAUGAAGGAGCUGGACCCAGGCCUGCAGGAGGCAGUGUCCACCCUCAUCUGGGCAGCACCUCGUCUCCAGUCAGAAGUGUCUGAACUAAAAAUUGUAUCAGACCAGCUGUGUGCAAAAUAUAGUAAGGAAUACGGCAAGCUGUGCAGGACAAACCAGAUUGGCACAGUCAACGAUAGGCUGAUGCACAAACUGAGUGUGGAGGCUCCUCCCAAGAUCUUGGUGGAACGCUACCUGAUAGAGAUUGCCAAGAACUAUAAUGUGCCGUAUGAACCUGACGCCAUGGUCCGGCCCGAGGUGAGUCCUGGAGAGGAGGCAGACCUGAUUGACGUGGACCUCGACAAGAAGCCUGGAGGAGGUGGUGGUGGUGGUGGUGGAGGUUUCACUGCUCCUGUCAUGCCUAUGGGCAUGCCUAUGCCCAUGCCCAUGCCUAUGCCAACAGCUUUCAACUAUCCACCUCCAAACGGAGCUGAGCAGUUUAAUGUUCCCGUUGGAACCUACAGCAACUUCCAGCACCCCAUGGGAGGAGGGCAGCCCCCUCAGCUGCCCACUUCUCCCCCCACAUAUGAGUCCAUUGAUGACGUAACUGACAAAUCGUCUGUUCCUUCGCAGGCAGUAGGUCCGGGCCCAUCUAAGAUAUAUGACAACAAUGCUCUCCCAGAACUCCCCUCUGUUCCCGACACACUCCCCACAUCCUCCUUCGGCGGAAACACCACCACCUCGGAUGACAUCGACUUUGACGAUUUGACGCGGCGGUUUGAGGAGCUGAAGAAGAAGACCUAAACGCUAUACCACCGGUCUACACAUGCACACAUACACACACACACAGGCCUGUAUCGUCACCUAAGCAGCUCAGAACAGGAAAUGGAAAAUGUUCAAGGCUAUCAAUCAGAUUUGGAUAGUUCUUAUCCUCCUCCAGCGAUAAAGUAAUCUUACAUUGACAUUAGACAUACUUGUAUCUUACCUCAUUCAUAUAGAUAUGACCAGCUUACUGAGGGUGUGGUUACUCACUUGACCUCUAAAUUCUGUUUGCAGGACCAGUGAGUACCUCGUGUUUUGAUUUCUUUCUAUACAGCACAUUAUAUAUAUCCAUACAUAAAUCAUGUGUGUGUUGACCCAUGUUCAAUCCUCAUUUAUUUUCCCGCCGACUUUUAACUUUUCCCAUUUGUCUGAGUGAUAUACUUUAUAAUCUAACAUAGUUUUUAACUGUUCCUUUUUCUGAGGGUUUUGGGUCUGACAAUAUUUACAGUACAUGCCCUGAUUCUACUUCCUACAUGCUGUGUCACUGUAAUCUUUGCCAUUGUGUCACUCAGUCUUGUCACAGACCAGUCAAACAAGUCCAACUGGCUGCCGGAGUUUUUAAUACCUGGCGUUCAAACAAACAGGCUCCAGGUGAGGCUCAAUUACCCACUCACCUUUUCCAGGAAGUUAUGAGAAUAGAGUCUUACGCAGCUGUACAGUUAUGUUAUUGUGGGAAACACUCAUCAAGCUGUAUUUAUAACAUAUUUAACAGUGUAGGAGUCCUCCAGGUAAAGCUCAUGGUGACACAUUUAUCAGGGGUGGUGUGGCACAGAUGUAUGUGAUAUAAAGCUAUAAAACAGUGUAUGGAAAUCUGUAAUAUGAUAAAUUUACAAUCACAUAGAUAGACCUAUUUACAUGAAUGAUUGAACUGUACAGCAAAUAAAGUUCAGUAGUAGGGAGUUAUAUUAAUAUUUGACAAAUCUGUUUUGUAUACAGUAUCUCCAAAUAAAGUUUUUGUUUUUUUUUUUUUUUUUUGCCCUUUUGAAUGUCAGUUUUACCAAAUAGCGGCACUUUCUCAAUGAAUGAAGUCCUCAAUGAAGUCCUUAUUUACAAGCAAAAUGUGUUUCGACAAAAGAAGUCGCACAACAAGCUAAUUUGUUUGAUUUGAUGUAAAUACUGACUCCAGAGGUAGAGGGUUUGUGUUUGAGCUCCGUGAUCGUGUGUGCAUGUGUCUUUUGUUGUGUGUGCACCACUGCAUUUGCCUUAGUUGCCAUCUCUCAUCAGAGGCCUUGCCAGUCUUACCCAUUCAUUAUCCGCUAAGACUGGGUACAUGCUACCUGCAUUGGGUGUCAGUUGAUUAGAUUAGACUUUGCGUAAUUUGUUUUACUCAUAAACAAUUCUUUAAAAAAGAUUUUGAGAUUGGAAAUUGGCUGAUUGGGUGAAAAACAGUCUGUAUUGACAAUAGAGGUAGAUGUUUUCAUUUCCUGUGAAGAACGAGUGAGAGGGUUUCUGUUGUCGUUCAGACGUGACACGUUGCUGCAACCUAACCACACCCAGCUCUGCUUGCAUGGCAAAUGGAUGGUGGCCUUGAAGAAAAUGAUUGACCCAUGUCUGGAAGGCACAUUGAAAAGCUUUCCAGCUGGGUGAUGGACACAGCUGAGCUAGUUUUUACAUAAUGUUUGAGAAAGUAGAAAGAGAAAGAUUAACACUACAGAACUGUGAUCUGCUCACUGUCUUUUCUAUGUUGGACUGUUCUUUCAUGCUAAACCUUGAGACACAUAACUGUGUCUUGUUGCAAAAAAGAAGGUUUUUUUCACUGUAUACUACAAUAACAGUUUAAUAAAAGAUUAUUUGGAACUGGAAA